AAAAUUUCAAAUGGGGUUGCUGGCGACAUUUUUCCCGCACGACCUGCCAGCUGGACUUCUGCCGAGCCGACCAGAAGACCAUCGCAUCGAGCUGGAACCAGGCGCCCAACCGGCAGUACAGCUACAAUUUUGGCUCAGCCAACCAGAACUGGAAGAAUUGCAGCAGCAACUGGAUUACCUUCUGCGAAGGAUUUAUCUGGCCCAGCACGUCCCAUACCCUGCCCCGAUACUGUUCACGCCGAAGAAGGAUGGAGGAUUCAAAAUGUGCAUUGACUACCGCGCGCUCAACAGGAUCACCAUCAAGUCACGUUACCCGAUCCCGCGAUUUGACGAAGUACUCGACCAACUUCGCGGAGCCAAGUUCUUCUCAAAAAUCGACUUGCGAGGGGGUUACCAUCAAAUUCGCGUCGCAGCCGAGGAUUGUCACAAGACAGCAUUUCGAACCCGCAACAGCGGCUACGAGUACAUGGUGAUGCCCUUUGGCCUCACAAACGCGCCCUCGACAUUCCAGAUGACCAUGAAAGGAAUUUUCAUGGAACUCUUGGACAAAUGCGUCAUUAUCUACCUCGACGACAUACUAAUCUACAGCCGCAGUAGGGAGCCAGCAGUUACAGGAUCUGGAUGCAGUCUUCACGCUGCUGCACAAGAAUCGCCUCAUCACGAAAGGCGCGACACUUCCCAAAUCUGGGUGCCCGGCUACGAUUUACUUCGUACCCUUCUAAUCCAGGAAGCCCCACGACAACCCCACCUCCGGGCAUUUCGGAUUCGACAAAACCAUGAAGACGUUGCAGCGAAUUAUUACUGGCCGAACAUGGCUGACGACGUACGCAAGUACGUGUCCUCCUGCACCGUCUGCCAGAUCAUGAAAUCAUCCCAUCAGCGUGCAGCCGGACUACUACAGCCAUUGGAUCCGCCCGAGCGACCCUGGCAACACAUCACAAUAGACUACGUAACAGGACUGACGGCCGGUCCCAGCGGAAACGACGCCAUCCUCGUGGUCGUUGACCGACUCACGAAAAUGGCGCACUUCAUCUCCUGCAAACAGAAAAUUACAGCUGAGCAAACUGCCCAACUGUUCAUCCUCAACGCCAUUCGACUGCACGGACUGCCUACCGCCAUUAUUUUAUACAGAGACCCGAAAUUCACAUCAAAUUUCUGGCGCCACCUGUGGGACCAAUUUGGCACCAAACUACAAUUUUCCUCCGCCUACCAUCUACAGACCGACAGGCAAACCGAACGAGUCAACCAAACUAUGGAGCAACUCAUUCAAACUACCUACACUGACCCAUAGGCAUGGGAGAAAUCCCUUCCGCUGCUGG